UACAAUUCCAGAAGUCCUUGCUCCGAAGCCAACUUUGUAUUUCUCAGGCCGGUGGGUCUCAGAGGCGAUGUAUCUUGGACCGUUGGGACUUCCGUGACCAGCAAGAGCUCCGAAGUGAGAAACGAAGGGAUAAAGGGAAUGCAGUGUAUGCAGUGUCCCAUGCCUUCCAUAAAUGCUGUUGAGCAAUAUUGAAAUGGGAUCUAAAGAAGACAGAAACAUGGACUGGCUUCUUCCAUACCAGUAUUAUGCUUUCUGUGGUACACAUGUGCGGAUAUCCAAGACUGCAUUGACCUACAAUGAUGUGCAUGUGAACUUUACUCAAGAAGAGUGGGCUUUGCUGGAUCCUUUGCAGAAGAGCCUCUACAAAGAUGUGAUGCUGGAGACCUACAGAAAUCUCACGGCUGUAGGCUGCAAUUGGGAAGAUCAUAAUGUUGAAGAGCAUUGUCAAAGUUCUAGAAGACAUGCAAGGUAUGAAAACAGUCAGACUGAAGAGAAGCCCUCUGAAGAUAUUCAAUAUGAUGUAGGCUUUGAAUAUCACAGUAGUCCUCACACAUAUAAAAGAAUGCAAAAUGGUGAGGAUCGCUAUGAAUAUAACCAAUUUCGUGCCUUUGCAUGUAACAGUAAUCUCCGAAGACAUAAAAGGACACAUAUUGGAGAAAAACCUUAUCGGUGUAACCAAUGUGGUAAAGCCUUUGCCUUUAACAGUAAUCUCCUAAGACAUGGAAGAACUCACACUGGAGAGAAACCUUAUGAAUGUAACCAAUGUGGUAAAGCCUUUGCACGUAACAGUAAUCUCCUAACACAUAAAAGUAUUCACACUGGAGAGAAACCAUAUGAAUGCAACCAAUGUGGUAAAGCCUUUGCAUAUAAGAGUGUUCUCUUAAGACAUAAAAGAACUCACACUGGAAAGAAACCUUAUGAAUGUAACCAAUGUGGGAAAGCUUUUGCACACAACAGUAUUCUGGUAGUACAUAAAAGAACUCACACUGGAGAGAAACCUUAUAAAUGUAACCAAUGUGCUAAAACCUUUGCACAUAGCAGUCAUCUCCUAACACAUAAAAGAACUCACACUGGAGAGAAACCUUAUGAAUGUAACCAAUGUGGUAAAGUCUUUGCAUAUAAGAGUGUUCUCCUAAGACAUAAAAUAACUCACACUGGAAAGAAACCUUAUGAAUGUAACCAAUGUAGUAAAGCCUUUGCACAUAACAGUAGUCUCCUGCUACAUGAAAGAACUCACACUGGAGAGAAACCUUAUGAAUGUAAGCAAUGUGGCAAAACCUUUGCAUUUAGCAGUCAGCUCCUAACUCAUACAAGAACUCACACUGGAGAGAAACCAUAUGAAUGUCACCAGUGUGGAAAAGCCUUUGAACGUAACAGUCAUCUCCUAACACAUAAAAGAAUUCACACUGGAGAGAAACCUUAUGAAUGUAACCAAUGUGGUAAAGCCUUUUCACAGAAUGGUAAUUUCCUAAGACAUCAAACGACUCACACUGGAGAGAAACCUUAUAAAUGUAACCAAUGUGGUAAAACCUUUGCACGUAACAGUCAUCUCCGAAAACAUGAAAGGACUCACACAGGAGAGAAACCUUAUGAAUGUAACCAAUGUGGUAAAGCCUUUGCAUGUAACAGUAAUCUCCUAACACAUAAAAGAACUCACACUGGAGAGAAACCUUAUGAAUGUCACCAGUGUGGUAAGGCCUUUACAUGUAACAGUAAUCUCUUAACGCAUAAAAGAACUCACAGUGGAGAGAAACCUUAUGAAUGUAAACAAUGUGGUAAAGCCUUUGCACGGAAUGGUAAUUUCCUAAGACAUCAAACGACUCACAUUGGAGAGAAACCAUAAGAAUGUAACCAACGUGGUAAAGUCUAAGUCAUCUCCUAAGACAUAAAAGAACUCACUGGAGAGAAACCUUAUGAAUGCACUGAACGUGAUAAAGUCUGCCUCUCAAGAGUAUGCUCUGAAAUCAUCAAAGCACAUACUCUGGAGAAAAACCUUAUGAAUGUAAUCAGCGUGUCAUCAUCUUUAUAUAGCAUAGUCAUUUGCGUACUGCAGAAAAGCCUUAUGAAUAUAACCAAUGUCGUAAAGGCUUUUCAUGCAACAGUCAUCUCCUAGAACAAGAACAUUUCCUGGAGUGAAACUAUGAAUGUAACCAAUGUGGCAUAGCUUUUGCGUUGCCAUAAUAAUCUCCAAAUACAUGAAAGAAUACACACUGAAGAGAAAAUUUAUGAAUGUAACCAAUGUGGGAAACUGCACGAAAUAGUCAUCUCCUAAGACAUAAAGAUGAAUGUAACCAAUGUGGUAAAACUUUUGCUCUGCAGAAUCAUCUUCUAAUUCAUACUUAACAGAAAGACUAUGAGUGUAUUUAGCAUGGUGAAGCUAUUCCAGAUUUGUAUAAUUUUCAUGAUCAUAAAACAAUUUUUUACUGGAGAGAAACCUAAUAGAUGUGUCCAAAUGUGAGACUUUUGCACAUAUCUGUAGUCUUCAUUGUCAUAAAAGUUUCAUACUGGAGAGAAAGUCUAUGAAUAUAAGCAAUGUGGUAAGGCCUUUGUGUUCUUUAGUCCAUGGAAUGCAAUACAAAUCAAACAUUAGUUGCCAAUUUUUUCCCAGAAAUCCCUUGGUCCUUCCAAAGCUUAAUAUGGUUCUCUUGGCUGGCAUAUCUGUCACGAGCACUUGAUUAUGCUGGAGGACGUUAACCAAGAUGACACAAAGGGUGGCAAGGUAUUAAUAAAAGCAACCCCAGAAUGAUUUUUGAAUGCUGCUUUAAUCACACAAAUCACAGGGAUAUCUAAGUAUUGCAAAGCACAUUAUACAUCUUAUGGGGAAUACAACCUGGCCACAGGCUUGGACACGUUGUCUCUGGUGUCUUCCCUGCAGCUACAGAAAUUCAGAGCCAUGGCACUAGCAAUUCUGAGGUUUUUACCAAUUUGUCUUUUCUAAUAUUUCUUUUUCAAAGCAGCUUAGGUCACUUCAGGGUCCGACUCCUGUUAGUCAUUAAUGAAUGAAUCUCUCCUGCAAGUGGGGAAAUUAGCCUCAGGCAGAUAUGAGCUCCCUCAUUACCUAUCCAAUGGAAAGUCUUCAGCGCUGAAACCAUAUACAUAUAACCAACAGAAAUGUAUUCACGUUUAAUUCAUAUAUUUGCACAGAAUUGCUCACAUACUUCUAAGGAAAAAUUGGAAUGGACGAAUUUGGGAAGGGAUGAAGAAAGGACAUGGAAAGGGAAAAUUGAUGUAAUAUAUUUUAAUUAACAUAUAAUAAUAAAUACACCCAACAGAAAUGGACUCAGCAGGUAUUGUUUAUAUAAUUAUACAAAUUUGCAUACUUAGUAGGAAAAAAUCGAAAUGAAGUAUAUGGUAAGAGAUGGAAAACGGAUAUGUAAACGAGGAAAUGAUGUAGUGUAUUUUUAAUAACAUGUACAAAAAUAAAUUUUAAAUGAAAAGUGCAAAAAAAUUAAUCUAGUUCCUUUUGCAAAGGAGUGGCCUGAUCUUUUUCAGUGUCAGGCAACAUUUAAUUGGAAUCUCUUUCCCAUUCCACUACCAACAGCUACAGCAGUGUGAUUAAGGAAAAUUAAAUUCCAGGUACAAAAGAAAAUUUUGAGCUGCAGAGGUUUCUCAGUGUGAAUGUGUUAUGCAGGUAGAUAGGGAAGAUUUUAUAGCUUGUGUCAUUAUCUGUAUGUCAGAAAGCUGACAUGAAAUUAUACUUCAACAUUGUUUUGUGUGUGGGAAUCAUUGUGGCUGGGUUUGCUGAAAUUACAAAUAGGCUUGAGGAGCUGCGGAUCCAUAACCCUCUUUUCUGAUCACUUUCGUUUACAGAUAGAUGUAUAGAACAUGGGACCUCUCUGUUUGGAAGAGAAAUAAGUAGUAGCUUGAGAGUCAGAGAUUAUUUAUUUUGUGUGAGUUGUGAAAAUUGUGUUUCUGUAAUUUCUAUAUACAUACAAUUGUAACAUUGAUCGGGUUCACAUUCUUCCUGGUUCCUUAGGUCAUUUGAUGAAAACCUGAAUAUAAUUUGGGGCUUAUGUUUUCUGUGUUUUUGUUUGCAUCUACUUAUUCUUUCACUAAUACUGUUUACCUUUUGAUUAUUUUAGUUUUAGGGAAGUACAGAAGUCGUGUUUUACCAGUGUGUGUAUAAUGUCUUCAUAGUUGUAAUGAGCAUUCUGAAUUUUUUACAUGGUACAUGGCUUUUGAAUCAGCUUUUCCUUAAAUUGUUAGGAAUUCUCUUUGAAUUGUUUGUAAUUUAUGCUGCAAAUUGAAAGUUCAAAGUCUUUUAUCCUUUACUUUUGAAAACAUAGGUUAAGUGUUUGAAAUGGGAGACAAUAUUAUAUGGUCAUUAAUUUGGCAUAAAACAGUAAGUGUGACAUUUAAACUUUUGUCAAAUGAUGUUCAAAGCUAUAGAAAGAGGGAUAGAGUUCAGUGACACUUAAUACAUUCAUAUUGUCACAUAACAACCACAUUGAGCCCAGUUCUUAUAAAAGGACUGAAUUGCUAUGGGUUAAAGCAAUCUUCUCAUUAGAUUGUCUAGUCACAUGUAGUUGGUAUUGAGAAGUAUCACAGUUCUCAUUUUCAUUGCAGUUAUAGUCAUCAUUGCCUACAUAUUAAAAUAUCUCCCAUGCUUGUUUGCCCAGGAUAAUCUGGUGCCUCAAGAGGACAUCAUGAUAAAAGAGUGAAGACAAUAACAAUCACUAAAGGAUUAUACACUUAUAACUGACUCUCACAGUCAGGGCUGUAUUAGUCACGAGACAUCAUAUAUAAGCAGCAAAGGCAGUGUCAACUCACUUAUUCUUUCUUCUGAUUUUAAUUAUUAGUGCAUAGGUUGUUUUUUUUUCCAGAUGAAUAGGAGAGAUUCAACCAUCUUGUCUACACUUCAGGUGGCAAUAGUAAAUGUCGGGCUGAAAUCACAGAAUCUAUCCCACUCAGUCUUCUUCAAAAGGUUUUUCUAAUGUUUUUUUAGGUGGUAUGUGGAUAAGAAAAAUUAAAUGUCAAGAUUUUGUAGCAAGAGUUGUUAUAAAAAGGAGAAGCAAAUGUGCUGUUACAGGAGAUUAUAAAAAAAAUCCAGAAAGUUGCUUUACUUGGAUGGUAUGAGAGAUUUCUGUCAAUAAAUCACACUGCAUGCAAAACUACAAAUGAGUUUAAAACACAGUGACAUGGGUGAAUUUAAACAAUGACAAUAAAUUACAGUUGAACAAAAAAUGAAUUCUUAGAAAAGUGACUCAUCUCUUUUUUUCUGAUUAAAUAAUCAUUGUAGAUGGUGAGAAUUUCACUUUUGCUUUGGAUAAUGUGUUUAAACAUUUAACAUUUUUAUAUAUCAGUUUCUUUAUGUUUAACAUAUGUAAUAAAUAUAUGUGUACUGGACAGUAUUUCAUAUUUAUUUUUAUUUGAAUAGUUAUUCAAACACUUGGUUUCCUUACAAAGAAAGAAGAGUAUUCUUUUGGAAUGAAAUGUGCAGGAACUUCUGUAAUUCGUCAAUAAAAACUAGUGAAAGAUAACACCAGAAAA